AAGUGAAUAAAAUUGCUCUCCUUCCCAUUUCCAUCACACCCGUGAAAGAAAACGCUGGAGAAGGAUUUCGCACUUAUAUUUUGUAAAUCAUGAUUCAGCUUCUCUUCCCUCUGAUAUUCGCCGAGAUGGCGCUCAUCCUGGUCUUCGUGUUUAAAACUCCUCUUCGCAAGCUUGUAAUAUUGGGGCUUGACCGCCUCAAACGCGGCCGCGGACCUAUCAUCGUUAAGACCGUCGCUGGAACCGUCUUAGUAGUCAUGCUUUCCAGUGUCUACAAUGUAAUAUCUAUUCGCAACCGGUGGAUCGAAGACGACGGCGGCGACAUAACCCCCACCGAUCAGAUUCUCCUGGCUCAACACCUUCUCGAAGCUUCUCUCAUGGGAUUUUCACUCUUCCUAGCUCUGAUGAUCGAUAGGCUGCACCAUUACAUUAGAGAGCUUAGGAUGAGAAGGAAGGACAUGGAAGCAGUUAAAAAGAAAUGCCGGGCAUUCGAGGAGGAGAAGAGCCGAGAUUCAUCAGGUGAGAUAGUAAGAUCUUUGGAGGAGCAGGCAAGGUCGUUGCAGGGAAGGAUCAAGCAACUGGAAUCAGAACUGGAUAAGAAUCGAAAAGAAGCAAGCAACUCUGAAGUCAACUCGAUCGCUUUGAAGAAGCAAACAGAUGGGUUAGUUCUCGAGUAUGAUCGUUUACUUGGAGAGAAUCAGCAUCUGAGAAGGCAGUUACAGUCACUGGAUAGGGAGCUCUCACAUUCUGAUACAAAGAAGGUUUCCUGACGAGAAAUAGACCGUGAUUCUUGGUAUUAACUAUUCUACCCACCCAGGAUUUUUACUAGGUUUGUGUUGGUGCGUUAUCAAGGCGUUAUGUCAUUUCACAUUCCUUAUCACUGCUUUGUUAUUAUUUAGUGGCUCUAAUGAACUACUAGUGUUCUCCAAUUUCUUCAGGACUGUUCCCCGAUUUGAUCUUCAACUUUAUUUUAAAUGCACUUCGGUUUUAAUGGUGUCACCAAAAUUUGGUAGUCUAGGCCAUGAAGGAGUAAUUUGAGUGUCAGAUUGUGUCUAGAUUAAGUGAAUGAAUAAAUACUCGAUUCUUAUGUAAAACUAAAUAUUGAAUUGGACAUUAUUGAGUCUAUAAAAUUACUAUUUCUAG